AUGUAUGCGAAACACGAAAAGAUCCCUAUGAAGGAUUUCGGCUCUGAGAUUCGUGCCACGAUGGAUAUCGAUCAUCUACUCAACAAAUCCGUUCUAUUGCUUGACCUUCAGGAAACGUCUCUUGAAGAAAUCUUCGCAAAAAUAAUUCACGAAAUGGAUAUCCAAGAGCCUGAGUUCACCAGCGAACAAGUACGGUCGGUGUUGUUCACUCAGGACGCUGGAAACCAGUUUCACAUAUUGAGUAGAACCGUGCAAAGCAUAUGUACAACCGGGACCAUCGGAGGAUCGUUCGACUAUGACCAAACAUGGAUUUGUGCCUUAUGUAUGCUGAACACCGUACAGCAUCGACAUGUAGCAAUAGCGCGAUUAAGUCAUCCGACAAAUUUGGGUCGAACAAUGCAGGAUCUUCGCUUCAUUAUCAUUGUAAUCGCACCCUCACGAGCGAAGGGAACGAAAACAGCUCUCGAGACGACAAGAACGUUUGCCACACUAUUCGCCGAUAUGGACAUAAGGCAACGACUUGUGAUGGCCCAAACUGUCGAUCAGUUCAGAUCAACGUUAUUGCAAGCUGCUAAAGAGUUGGCCGUUGAUCAGAAUCAAUGGCGUGAACGGAAGACCUCGAUUCAUCUGAGUCAAGCCAAAGAGCAAUUGGUAUUUGAGUUGUUUUUGAGUUGUUCAUUAAAUUUAUUCCUGAAACCAAUACAGUCACAG